CAGUCUAAAGUUCCGGUCAUAACCACCACUGAGCACAUGUUGGUUGGAUUAAUCAGUCUGAAGACCUUCGGCAAAUUAAGUCACUUAAAGGGAUAAAACGAUGCACUGGACUGAAAUGAACAAAGAUGAGCUUGAGAGGCAGUUUUCGCCCAGCCGGUGGUCGCACAGGAUGUCGGCAGACGACGUGAUCAAGGCUCACGUGAAGGCUUUGAAGGAAGGUACGGAGCGAGCCCGUGGUCUGGCUCAGACUUUACUCAAUGUGCCAUAUGGAGAGGGAGACGGAGAGAAACUGGAUGUCUACAUACCCAGCACCGACUCUUUGGAUGUCCCCCUUGUUAUUUACCUACAUGGGGGCUACUGGCAGUUUCUCAGCAAGGAGGAGUCAGGAUUCAUGGCCGUUCCACUCGUCGAUAAAGGUGUAGUGGUGGUUGCCGUCGGCUACGACAUCGCCCCCAAAGGCAACAUGGACCUGAUGGUGUCUCAAGUACGCAGGAGUGUGGUGUCUGUCAUUCAGCAGUAUUCUCACAUCAGCGGUCUGUACCUGUGUGGCCACUCUGCUGGAGCUCACCUGGCUGCAAUGGUCCUCUCCACUGACUGGUCACAGUAUAGCAUCACUCCUCAGAUCAAAGGGGCUUUCUUGGUCAGUGGCAUAUACGACCUCCUGCCCAUCCUGUCCACCUACGUCAAUGAGCCUUUGAAGAUGACUGAGGAGGUGGCGGUCAGGAACAGCCCCAGCAAGAUGGUCCCUCAGCUCAAAGUCUCCUCCUCCAGCUGCCACAUUGUUGUGGCCGUCGCUGAGAACGACUCGCCAGAGUUUCGCAAGCAGUCAGAGGAGUACUACAAAACUUUGGAGGCGUCAGGACUGAACGUGACCAUGGAGGAUGUGCCAAACACUGAUCACUUCAGUAUCAUUGAGCAACUGGUGGAUGGGGAGUAUCACCUAACAAAGCUUCUCAUGAAGAUGAUGGGGAAGAGCUGAGGUGUCUUCGAUCCAUCAUCUAAUAUCAACAUACCUCCUUAUCAACAUACACCUCUUAACAGUCAUCAUGCACCGAUACUGAUAAAAUAUGCAUUAUUUCAGGUUUGUACUGUGGUAAAUGUACAAUUUCUAUCUGUUUCGAUCGUUAAAAAAUAAUAUGGCAUGGAUUGUUUUGAGAGUCUAGUUUACUGUGUUUGUUCACUGAAGUUACUGCUGUCAGAAAAUGUCCUAAAUGAGCUUAAUAUGUUCCAGUCACAUUAACAACAAAACAUUGUGUGCCUAAAGCUAAACAACUUCAAGAAUGGUGAUUGUAGCAAAUUAUAGUUCUGAUAAACCUACUCAUAUUCACUCAUAAACAAUCUGUUUUUUUUUCUGUUAAAAUUUUCCUCUGUGACAAUCUGCACCACAACUUUAAGUCCUUAGAAAGGACAAUAGCAGGAGCUUGUGUCAAGAACACUGACAUAUCAUACAAAGUGAAUGUAGCUUUUUAUUGUAACCUCCACAAUGCUGAGAUCUCACGCAGGGAACUUUAAUGUGUCAUCUACACUUAAACAGUAAAUGUUGGUAAUGAAAACUAUAUAUUUUCACUUUUUAUUUUACUCUAAUACAGUAGAAGAAUACUGAUAUUCAAAUAGAUGUAUUUUUUAAAAAAUGUGACUAAAUUGUAACUGAUGCACAUUGUUACUUACUGCUCUCAUUCUAGCAUCUUUAAUAAUUGUUUACGUUAUUGUUUGCACAAUGCUCUGUCAAUCGUUACUGUAGAUUAUAAAGAGAAUUGUCACAAUAAAUGUUUAUAUUUGUGAA